UAAAAGACUUGAAUUCAUAGUAAAAUAUAGUGAUUAAUUAAUCCGGGUUGGAUUAAUCUGUUCAUUCGAAAACGCUAAUAGUUUACGUUCUUCUAACGUCUAUAGUUCUUAAGCCUAUCACCUAUCGCCUAGCAUUGUGCGAUAGGCUUUACCUAUACUGUGGUUAUGUGCCUGUGUUUUCUUGCUGGAAGCACGUUAUUCAAACGGCUUUAGUUGACAACAGUAACUCUCUUGUGUUACGAAAAAUUACACUUGUAAAAUGUACAAUUAUAUGAGAUGUCUAAUUGUCUCAGUAAAAUUUCAUAAGAAAUUUUUCACACAAUCAACCCACGAAAAUAUUUUGUCACAUGUGAUCAAUCGUCAUACAAAUACUCUUUGGAGUAAACGAUUUUGUUGUCAAGCUACGAUCCAGGAGAAAAACGAUCGAACAAAUAUUGGUGUAAAAUAUAACUUACAGCAGAAGCUGGACAAAUUUCUAUCCGAUCCUGAAAACAAGAAAGUUUUUGAAAUAUUAAAAUUGGAGAUAGACGUCAUGCGACACAAUGCUGAAAAAGUUCCUGAGGAACUUAGUACAAAAGACUGGUUGAUAUUGAUAAAAAUGACGAGCAAGACACAAAGAAGAAAAUACCUCAAAUUUUUGUGGUUAAAUGAGAAGGCACAGGUAAAUAGAAAAGCAAAAAAAGAAUUGAAGAAAACUGAAGCACUUGUUAAAAAGGCACAAGCAGAACAGGAAGAUACUGGUGAAAUAAAAUAUGGACUUUUACAUAAUACAUUGUUUCUACGUAUAUAUGAUACAACCAUAAAUCGCUAUUAUAAUAAUAAAUUACUUCAAGCUAUGAUGUUUGAACCAAAAAUUGUGCUGGAUUGUGGUUAUGAAAAUUACAUGACUCAGCGUGAGAUGCACGAUUGUGCUAAACAGCUUACUCUGUCUUUUGCCACCAACCGCCUUCAUGUGAAUCCUAUGUCUCUUUAUUUUUGUAAUAUGGAAAACGAUGGGUCGCUUUUGCAGUACUGCAAUAUCAUCAUGCCUAAUUUACUGGAUAAUGAUUUUCCAGCGAUUAUAACAUCACAAUCUUACUUAGAUUUGUUUCCAAGGGACCAGCUAGUAUAUCUAACUCCACAUUGUAGAACAGAUAUGACUGAAUAUAACCCUGAUAUGGUGUAUAUCAUUGGUGCAAUGGUAGACAAGCAUAAUCAACAACCUUUAUCUUUGGCAAAAGCCAAGAAAGAUGGUAUACAGAUGGCCAAAUUACCCUUGGAAAAAUAUCUUCCUUGGGGUUCUGGUUCAACAAAGAGUUUAACGCUCAAUCAGAUGAUAAGUGUAUUGUUAGAUUUAAGGCAUACAAAAGAUUGGAAGAAAGCAUUAGAGCAUGUACCAACCAGGAAAUUGAGAGAGGCCAGAGAACAUAUGUUAGAAUUAAAAUUGAAGAGAACUUUACGCUUUAGAAAAUCAGAAGCUCAAAGUUCCAAUAUUUUGAAUUCAGAUUCUGAGAUUCAAACAGAUUUUACAUUUGCUAGUAGAAAAACAGAUAAUUGAUAUAAUUUAUUUUUUAAUUAUUAUACAUAUUAAGUUACAAUCAGUUACAUCAGAAAAGACUGUUAAUUAUUUUCACUGUAUUGUAUUUAUUUCUUUCCCAAAAUUGACAUUAAUUUUGAAACUGCUAUAGUAGAUUAUAAUUUAGCCAAAAUAUUUUACAAGAGUAUGCAAAUUCGUUUAAAUACGAUUUUAGAUUACAUAAGAGGAUGUCGCGUUACUUUAUCAUUUGACAGAAAAUUUAUUAUGUAACAUACUGUAUAUUGUAUGUCAGCCGACACUUUUUAAUAAUAAACAGAUUUCGUGAUAAUU